AUGUCUGAACCCGAUCUUGAUGGCUUGAGUCAGAGUUUUACGCAGUUACUGGAGGAGUUCAAAGAUUCAGUUAAUAAAUUCUUUUCCAUGCCAAAUAUUGUAAUGGAGGAAAAGGAAAAUGUUCCAACUGUUUCACAAAAUGAGGUUUUAUCGUUGUAUACAAAGCUAGAUCGAUUACUGAGAGAGCUGUCUCUGUGUCGCGUUUAUGAGGCAAGCGUGCAGGAAUUGGAUAGUGUGAAUACCAGGAAAAGGAAGAGAUGCUAUCAGUUGAUGUCUCAAACAAGAGUUUAUAAUUUAAUGUGGAAUGUAGGAUUAAAAAGGCUAGACUCUGUAAUUUCGGGAGCUGUCUCGGAGGUGGACCUCACCGGAAUUGCUGACAAUGUCAUGGAGACCCUUGGAGAGCGGUUCAUUGUGAAUUUAGGGGAAACAGCAGCUGCUAUUGAGAAGCUUUGCACUGUUUACAAGUGUGUUGAUAAUUGGAAUCCAUUUAUGAUUCCCGGAUAUCCAAAAAUUAUAAAUGUGGAUCAUUUUUUGGUUAAAUAUGCCUUACACCAGUACGAGAAACUGUAUAGUGAACUUGGAUCUGAGAUAUUCAAGAGAUUGCUUUCUUUCGUUAUCAAUCAAGUUCAGACUAUCAACGUGCACUCUAAAGAUAUAAUGCCGGCUAUACAGUGUACUUCUUUGAAGGUUGAAAUAGAAUCAUUAUAUCGUGAUUUUAAGUGUCCUAAGCUUCCUGUACUGUUCUACAAGUUCAUCACUCAUAAUGUGGAAUUAGCUGACGGAAGCACUUUUUUGCAGUUCUUUACUUCGCAGUAUCUGAAUAUUUAUCGGGAUCACAAGAGUCCGGACGAUGAAUUUUACCUUGAAGCACUUAAAGAUCUUUUGAAACUGACCAGAUCGCUUUUCGGUACUGAUUUUCACAAGGUUUCUAAACGGAUUUGUGAUAAAAUACUAAAAUCUACUAUUUUAACUCGGGAAUGUUUGAUCCCCUUGGUAGAAACCAGCGUUUCAAAGGCAAACAUAAAGUCAAUUUGGCUUAUUAUAUACACUCACAUCAACGCAGGUGCCUUGGAAUCCUGUAAGGAAGCGUUUUCUGUCAGUCUUCGAUCAGUCGGAAAAUCCAAAUGUUGGUCUAUUUUUCACCAAGUGCUAAAUUUUGGUCGUAAUCAAGCAUAUGCAAUCCAGAUAAGGUCGUUCUUAUGGGAGCUAUUACAAGAGAAUUUUGAAGGUGAUCUGAACUUGGUUGAAUUCCUGGCAAAUGAUAUGGAUGUAUGCAUCAAGAGAUUUAUGGAGCGUAUCCGAGCCAAACUAGACGCCAAUAUUGAAGUGUCAGCGAAAUGUAUGGAAGCUAAAUUUUAUGAAAAGAUUUUCAGUGAAAUAAGGUCUAUAUUGGAGGUUUUGAGUGAACUAAAGUUAUUAGGCGUAUUCAUGCCAGUAUACUAUGAAAAGUACUGGUUUAGGAGAAUAAUAUUAAAUGGUCGUGAAUACAAGAAAUGCAUUGAUGAGAAAAUUGUCCUCAUGGAGGAUGGACUUGAAAAGCUUGUAGGGCAGAAGUCAGCUUUGGUAUCUUCCAUGUUAGAAGUAGUGGCUGAAAUCAAGAAAAAUGGUUGCUUUACUAAUAUCAAUAACAUUGAUACAGUGUCGAUCACAAUACCCCGGUCUGCUGUUCCCGAAUCAUUUUUGGAUUAUACUGUUGAGAUCAAAACCUUACCAGCUGAUUUACAGAAAACAUUAGAAGAAUUGAACUCCUUAAGAACUAAUUCAUCAUCUCCUAUUGUAACUCAAUCUCAGUUUGCCUUGCACCAUUUAGAGGUGGAAACUCCUUUUACAUUUCCAGACAACUCGAAAUUCAUUCUGGAUGUAACAAUGGUACAGGCUUGUAUUCUGGAUUAUUUUAAUGAUCUGGAUCAAAUAACUGUAGAUCAAGUUUCUAGAAGAUAUGGUAUCGAAGAUUUCGAAUUAACAAUGGCGAUGGAAUCGUUCGUAAGCAUUGGUAUGGUAAAAAAAGUUGGAAACAAUUAUAGAUUAGACUACAAUUUUACCCCUAAAGGUUCUGCCAGUUCUUCUGGUAAGCGGCGUGUUCCAUAUUCUGGUAAGCGGCGUCUAAAGUCUGUUGAGAAGAGAGAUUCAACAUGGAAAAUAGAAAUAUUGAGAGCUGCCCUAAUAAGAACAUUAAAAUACGGGCAGCGGCAUAUGACAUUUAAUGAAUUGAAGGCAGAAAUUUUGAAUCAAAUUUCAGGUUUUAGUGUGGGCGAAUUGAAAAUAGCUGUAGAUAAAAGCAAAGAUUACUAUUCGUAUCAUAACGGUAAAUAUAAAUUUAUAAUAUGA